CAUGUUGACUUGGCUCCGACAUUGAAGAAAUUAAACCCUUUUCUCGUGCCCUAAUCCCCAAUCACAAACACUGCUACUUUUCUCCACUUCACUAAUUCCAUAAUUCCUUCUUCAAUUUCUCUCCAACUUUCCCCUUUUCUACUCCUCCAAAUCCCUAACUCUAUCUGCUAACUCUUCCAAAGAGCACUUCAUGAUUCUGCGCUAGCUUUGGCGAGAGCAAAAUGCAAGUAAGUUGACGGUUCUUCACUCAGUUGGAAUUUGCUGAAGAAGAAGCCGAAAAUUAUGGGUAGCAUCGAUCCAUUCAACCGCUUGGUGAAACUUGCGGCGAGGGCUUUUUAUGAUGACAUAACUACGAAAGGCGAGAACCAGCCGAAGACGGGGAGAAGCGACAACAGAGGGAUUGCCGUUGUAGUUCUUGAUGCUCUCACGAGGCGUCAGUGGGUAAGGGAAGAAGAUUUGGCUAAGGACUUGAAGCUUCAUACCAAGCAACUUCGUCGAACUCUCAGGUUCUUUGAGGAAGAAAAGCUAGUAACUCGAGAUCACAGGAAGGAGACUGCAAAAGGUGCAAAAGUAUAUAAUGCUGCAGUUGCUGCCACUGGUGAUAGUCAACAGACUGGAAGAGAAGGCGAUGACAAACAAAAGAUGCAUACACACUCGUAUUGUUGUCUGGAUUAUGCACAGAUAUAUGAUGUGGUAAGGUACAGAUUGCAUCGAAUGAAGAAAAAGCUAAAAGAUGAACUAGAGAGCAAGAACACUGUUCAGGAGUAUAUUUGCCCCAAUUGCGGUAAAAGAUACACUGCUCUUGAUGCACUCCAAUUGAUCUCUCCAUAUGACGAGUACUUCCACUGUGAAAGCUGCAAUGGGGUUCUUGUAGCUGAAAGUGACAAGUUAGCUGUUCAAGAUUUGGGAGAUGGCGAUGAUAAUGCAAGAAAGCGUCGCCAUGAGAAAAUAAAAGACAUGUUAUCAAAGAUGGAGGUGCAGCUCAAACCACUCAUUGAUCAACUUGCUAGGGUUAAGGAUUUGCCUGUCCCUGAAUUUGGAAAUCUUCAAGCUUGGGAAGCUAGAGCACACGCUGCUGGGCGUUCAGCCAAUGGGGACCCUAAUGCGAGUGACCCUUCUAAAUCGUCUCAGGGUUUUGGUUUUGGUGGAACUCCUAUGCCUUAUGUUGGGGAGACAAAGGUUGAAGUUGCUUUUACUGGCAUUGAUGAAAAAGGAGAAAUUGUGAAAUCAGAAACACCUAUGAAAGUGUUACCUCCAUGGAUGAUAAAGGAUGGAAUGAGCCUCACGAAAGAGCAACGUGGGGAGAUCAAAGCAGAGACGAUAACAGGUGGUACUUUGACGGCUCCCGAGGUUUCUGAUGACAAAAAAUCCUCAACAGUAAAUGAUGAAGAAAAGAAUAUACAGGAUGAAUAUGUUAAAGCUUAUUAUGCUGCUCUACUCAUGCGGCAACGUGAACAAGAGACGAUGAAUAGGCCGGAGUUAGCCAACUCUACGAUCUCCAACGAAGACUACAACACCACCACCGAGCGGCAAGUUGGCAUGAAGUCGAAACGUGACGAAGAGUAUGAAGCAGAUGAUGUCGAGUGGGAGGAGGUUCCACCUUCCGGUGGCCAAACUAAACAAUUCAAAGUUGACCUAAAUGAAGAAGCUGAAGCUUCCGAGGAGGAGGACGACGGCGUCGACUGGGAAGAAGGAUGAACUCCCAGCAGCUUCAAUCCUACUUGUGCACUAGUUGUUGUAGCAUCUUGUUGUGAAUAUAGUCAAUGUAGAAAGUAGAAAUAUUUGAUGUGUACAAGUAGUAGUAGUGGUAAUAGUAGUUACAGCCCCUCUAUCAAAAUGCUUGUGUUUAUCGAGAUUGUAGUAUUGUAGAUUUGAACUGUAGAAGCACCACAGUAUAUAAGAAUUGCUUAACCAAGUAAUGGCAUUUUGCUUUGUGAUUUGAGAUA